CUCAGAUCUCUCGUCUGAAUCGCACAUACUUGCAAACAGAUUGUGCGAUGUAUGAUCCAUGCAUAUUCCACCCCACCUGAUAUGAAUGUAACGCAGCACUGAUAUCCAAGUCGAACAACGCUAAAACCAUACAGCAGCUCACUGACGAAAAUGCCAAGUUGAAGGUCGAGUUGGAACUACUCGGGGAUCAGAAAAUGCAGAACCAGGCUUUGAAAGAAAACAUACAUCACUUGGUCGCUAGCUCUGAUCAGCAACGGAAGGCGCUGGAGCAAAAACUCUCGAUCGCUGUCAAGGAGCUCACGGAGCUUCGCGGGCAGCAAACCGACCAGCCUAAAGAGGAAGUCAAACCACCCCCACCGUAUACCGCUGGCGAUCCAAACGUUCACGCAGUUGCAGAGCAGAUGAUGGAGAAAGCAGAGAUUCAGGCCUUGCAGCAGAUAGUCAAAAGCCUCCGUGAUGAGAAGGGCCACUUGAUUGAGUCUCUGAACGACCUGUCUCAACAGGUGGCGGAGUUGAAAGAGAAGGACCCUUCUGCGAAGAGCUCAACUGCUUCGACAACGUCCAGCACUGUUGCAGCUACCGCAACCGCUGCUCGCUCAUGGUGGAACAAGACGGCUGCUGGCGCUGUAACAGGCACAGCACCAGCUCCAGCAACCAACAAUGCGCAGGCAACCUCAACUACUAUUUUAGCCGGGAAAUCCAGCGAGUCUGUGGAGCACAAAGACGGAAAGGCGCCGGAGACGCCUGCGGCAUCACAGCAGGGUGCGCCUGGACCUCCACCCGCGACAGGCACUGCCGGUGUAUCGAAGUGGUGGAGUAGAGGCGCGGCAGGUGCCGCCUCUGCCGCCACUCCUGCUACUGCCGCUGCGGCCGCACCGACCGCAACUUCUACAGGAGAUCAGAAGAAAGAGCUUGAAUCUCUCAAAGCUGAAAACAAGCAUCUUCAGGAAUCUUUGCACAAAGUGCAACAGCAGCUGAAUGUACUCCAGUCUAAGCAGUCGCAAGCGCCGCAAGCCUCCGCAGGACAAGAUAAUACUGCAACCCAACAUAACAUCGAAGAACUACGUAAGGAGAAGGAAGCGUUGCAGCAAAAGCUGGAUACUGCUGUCGGCGAGCUUGACACUUUGCGCAAAGCUGGUGAAUCUGCGAAUAGUGAUACGAAACAACUUGCAGACAAAUAUCAAGUGGCCAAUGCUGAGAUUGCGACCUUGAGGGAGCAAUUAGCGAAGACUGCUUCUUCUCCUUCGCCCGACGCUCAAUUACAAGCAGAACCAGCAUCACAGGAAGACAAGCUAGAGCUUCAAACAAAGCUGGAUGCAGCCCUUCAUGAAGUUUCCGAGCUGAAGACCGAGGCGCAAAGGACUUCGGACGCCCUCAAAACCUCUUCUGAGGAAGCCGCUAGAUUCCGGGCACAGCUCGAGAAUUUGGUUGGAGAGCAUGCGAAGGAGAGGGAGGCAUGGAAGGCCAGUAGCCAUUCUCUAGAGCAACAGCUAGCCGCUGCAACCGCCCUCAAAGCCGAAUUGGAUCAGGCUAAAGUGGCUGCGGAGGAAUGGCAACAACGUCACUCAGCGCUCUCGAAGGAUUUGGAUGAGAAGAAAGCUGCGGCUGAAGGAGAGACGGCAAAGCUCCAAGCGCAGAUUCAAGACAUUCUGGCGGGACAUGAGAAGGAAAGAGCGGAAUGGAAUGCCAAGCUCAAGGAUCUGAAGCAGCAGCUGAACAGAGCGAUUGCAUCCCAGUCUGAGAACGGAGCUCAAGAGGAAGCUCUUGCUGAUUUGAAGCGGCAGCUAGCAGAAGCUCUUGAGCGAGAGGAGCACUUGAAGACAUCAAAGCAGGAUUUGGACAUUCAACUAGCAUCUGCUCGCGAAUACGCCGAUACCCAAAGAGGAUUACUGGACACGGCUACGAAAGACGGGAAUGAUGGGAAGGACCAAGUGCGAGCUGCUCAGGAAGAGAUACAGAAACUGACCAGUCAGCUUGAGACCCUCAAAGUCCAGUUGCAGACCGAAGGCACGCAAGGAACGCAGGUGGAAGCACUCACCGAAGAACUUCGAGUGGCGCAACAGGAGCUUUCGGUAGCUAAGCAAACCGCAUCGUCUCACCUUGAUUCUAUCCAGAAGCUCGAGCUGGAGAAUCGAAAGAUUGCUGACGAGUGGCGGGGGCUUCAAGCCGACCUAGAGGAGACCAGAGCUCGGUCUCAAGAAGCACAGGAGCGCGCGAAGGUCCAGACCGAACAUGCCGACGAACUUAAACGUCUCGCAGACACACAAAGGGACGAAGCGAAACGCCUAGCCGACGCAUCAGCGACCCUACAGAAGAAACACCACGACGACAUCGCAUCGCUGGAAUCGCAGUUACAGAUCGAGAAGGCAAAUCUCGAACGAAUCACGCGUGAGAAGCAGGAGUUCCAGCAUGCUCUUGAAGCACAGGGCCAAGACGCGUCGGCGCGUAUGGAGGAGCUUAACCGCCUCAACGCGGACUGGGAGAAGCGGUUAGUGGAAGAUUUGGCGAAGCACGAUGAAGAUGGGGCUCGAAAGGCGGAUGAGCUGCGAACGGGCGAGAUUGCACGGUUGCAGUGGCAGUUUGAUGAACGCCUGGUUGCGGCAGAGGCGCGGGUGGAUGAAGUGAGGAGGUCGAAGGAAGAAGAGAUUCAGCAGCUUACUUCUGCGAUCGAAAGGGUCCUUUCGGAAAAACUCGCUGCACUCGAGGCGUCUUCCAAAGCUAGCGCUGAAGAAGCAAAGUCUUCUGAAUUUGAUCAACUUAGGACGCGGCACGAGGCAGUUCUGGAUGAAACGCGGGCUUCGCUGCAGGAUGCCCACAAGAAGGAAGUAGCGGAUCUCACGGCAUCGUUUGAGGCAAGGCUUGCUGAAGCGAAAGAAUCCGCCUCAACUUCAUCAAACACAGCUGCAAAGGCGGCCUAUGAUGCUGAGAUCCAGCGUCUGAAAGCUGAACAUGAGCAGCACCUCCAACAAGCUUUGGACGCGAAGGAUCGGGAUAUUGAUGCAGUUAAGACUGCCCAUCUGGAACAGAUUGCACAUUUGACACAGGAGAAAGAGACGUUGCAGGCCGAGCAUGAUCGCAACGUGCAAACUGCGCUCAAAGCUAAAGAGAGCGAGCUUGAAUCACUUCAGGCGGCACAUAGAGAGGAUCUCGCGAGGCUUACUGAGGAGCAAUCCAAAGCGAAGGUUAACAACGAAAAUCUCGUGCAGGAAGCGGUCAAAGCGAAAGAGCAGGAGAUUGCCGCUUUGCAGGUUGCCCAUCAGGCGGAGCUUGCUCGAUUGAGUGAGUUAGAAGAUAAGCUGAAAGGCGACAGCAGUCAAGUUGUUGCAGAAGCUAUCAAAACCAAGGACAAUGAAAUCGCAAAAUUGACUGAAGAGCAUGAAAGGAAAAUCGCGGACGGGAUCGCAAAGGCUCAGGCUAACGCAACCGAUUCAGCGAAGCGCCAAACGGAGGAAGACAUUGCCCGUAUCCGAGAUGAGCAUGAGAAAGCUUUGCAGCAAGCUUUAGCAGCCAAGGAACAAGAAGUGAGGGCCGCGUUAGAGUCAGAGUUCACUCGAAAGCUUGCAGAAUCUUCCAGCGACAAUGACCGCAAGGUGGCCGAGAAAUUGGCUGAGGCCGACAAGACGCAACGUGUUGCUGCUGAGAGCGACAAAGAGCAGGCAAUCCAGUCAUUGAAGGAGGCCAGCGAUAUGGCGGCUGGUGCGUUGAACGCGAGGAUCAGUGAGACGGAGCAGAAGUUGAAGGCAGUGGAGGAAGCUUAUUCGAAGGAGGUGGCCGAGCUGAAGGCGCGGCUGCAGGAGAAGGAGAAGAAGCUCGCGGAAACAGAAAAGAAUACGGCAGACGCACACAAAUCCCAUGAAGCCUUUGUUGCGUCGUUAACAGAGCGGAUACAUAAGCUGGAACACGCCGAAAAAGGUGCGGCUGAGAAACAUUCCACAGACGGUGAAGAAAGGUUCAAGCGCGAGAAGCUGGAGCUGGAGGAGAAAUGGAAGAAGGAACAGAAGGAGAAGCAGAAAGUGCAAGCCGAGUACGAGAAGCAUAAGAAGGAUGCUGUGGAUCUUCAGAAACGGCUAGAGAAGGAAAUUAUCUCGAAAGGAGAGGAGCUCGGGAGCUACCUGCGGAAAGGCAAGACAGCGGAACAGGAGUUACAAACCAUCAAAGCAGAGCAUGCGAAGUUGGUCGAGGAGAACAAAGUCAACGUGGAAAAGCUUUCGCGGCAACUGGACGAAAAGACGAAGACGCUCACUCGUCAACUGGAAGAAAAGACAAAAGAACUCGAGCAACUUCGCCGCGGAGAGACGCAAAACCGUGUCGAAGUGCAGCCUUUGAAGGAGGAGCUCAGUACCUUACAGUCACAGCACCAUGCCUUAACAGCAGAGCUAGAGGUAGCACGUGCGUCCCUCGAGCGAUCGAACAAGCUGACUCAAGAGAAGGAAGAUAAUGUCAAGAAGCUCAAAGUCCGCAUCGACGAGAUGCAGAUUGGCGAUGCAGCUCUAAAGAAGGCAAUCGCCAAAUUAGAGAAGGAGCGCGACGAUACGACGGCUCAAUUACAGCCGCUUCAGCAGAGAAUCCGGGAACUUGAAGCGCAUGUGACUGAAAAGGCGACGGAGCUGGAGGGUGCCACACAGAGCGUCAACACUCGACUGGAGCAGGUGGAGGUGGAGAAGGCAAAGUUGGAAAAGGAUAAUGGAGAGCUUCAGAGCAAGCUCAAGCAGAUGGAGAGCGACAACAAGAUUCUGGAGCGGAAGACUGCUCAGAUUGUUAAGGAUCUUCAAAAGCAGCUUGCCAAAGAGCGGAAACAACGCGAACAGCAUGACGAGACAGAAUCUUUUGGGACAACACACCAAGAUGACAAGUCACCAUCUAUCCGCAACAGUAAUGCUGAUCUAGCUCGGAGCGCCAAGAGUCCACAAUCGAUUGAGACACCUGGCGUGCCGAAGGUUGAGCGCGUAAGAACCUUCAUCAAGACUCGUGAACUGGAAGCUUCGACUAACCCGUUUGUUUUCAGAUGGGUGUCGAUCUGGUGAACUUGGCACAAGAAAACGAGGCUCUGAACAAGCGGGCAAAGUAUCACGAGGAGGAACUCAAACAAGCUUACGAUAGAGUCACCCGUCUAUCAGAGGAUUUGGAACAAAAAUCGAACGUGAUACGGCAAUAUGUAUUACGAGACAAUGCGCAGAAACUGCAGCCAGAUGAGAAACCGAAGACAUCCGUGGGUAUCUGAGCCGUUUGACCAACUUGUGAUGAAUCGCUGACGGAGUUCCUUCCAACUUCCAGGCCUUCAACCUG